UUUUCCCCUCCCCUCGAUGCCAGGGUCCAAGAUGGCGCUCGCGGCCGCGCUAGGAGGGCCCAGUGAAGCUGAGGCUCUGCCCUUACUCAAGAUGGCCGCCCCCAUCAAGAUGACCGGGGUGUGCCGGGGGUAGAAGGGUGGCGCGGUGGCCUGAGCAGCUGCAGGGUCCGAGCAUGUCGAGGCACCCGGGGUUGGGGUGCUGGGGAGCGGGGGGUGGGGUCAGCGGGGGCUGGGGAGGUCAGUAGCGACCCCUCUCCUGGACCCCACCCCCACCCCUCCCCCAGGCUGAGAUGGGGAACAUGUUGGGCCUGGCUCCCCUGGGAGCUCUGCCCCGCCGAGGUGCCCGUCGGGAGGAGCCGCUGCCCAACCCAGGGAGUUUCGAUGAGUUGCACCGGCUCUGCAAAGAUGUGUUCCCAUCACAGAUGGAAGGAGUCAAGUUCAUUGUCAACAAGGUCCUGAGCAGCCACUUCCAGGUAACCCAUACUGUGCACAUGAGUGCCCUGGGCCUGUCAGGCUAUCACCUCCAUGCUGCUUUUGUUGGUGAUCAGCAGCUCAGUUCUACUGAGGUGUUCCCUACUGUUGUGGGGGAUAUGGACAGCAGUGGUAGCCUCAAUGCGCAGGUCCUGUUUCUCGUGGCAGAGAGGCUCCGAGCCAAGGCCGUCUUCCAGACCCAACAGGCCAAGUUCCUGACAUGGCAAUUUGAUGGGGAGUAUCGGGGGGAUGACUACACUGCCACUCUGACACUGGGGAACCCUGACCUGAUUGGGGAAUCAGUGAUCAUGGUCGCUCACUUCCUGCAGAGCCUUACUCAACGUCUGGUGCUGGGGGGAGAGCUGGUAUAUCACCGGCGCCCAGGAGAGGAGGGGGCUAUCCUGACACUGGCUGGGAAGUACUCUGCUCUGCACUGGGUGGCUACACUGAAUGUGGGGUCAGGCGGGGCCCAUGCAAGUUAUUACCACAGGGCAAAUGAGCAGGUUCAGGUUGGAGUGGAGUUUGAGGCAAACACUCGGUUGCAGGACACCACCUUCUCCUUUGGAUACCACUUGACGCUGCCCCAGGCCAACAUGGUGUUCAGAGGUCUUGUGGAUAGUAAUUGGUGUGUUGCUGCUGUGCUAGAGAAGAAGAUGCCCCCUCUGCCUGUCACCCUGGCACUUGGAGCCUUCCUCAAUCACUGGCGUAACAGAUUUCACUGUGGCUUCAGCAUCACUGUGGGAUGA